GCCGAGACCCAUGAUAUCGGGCCGGCCCCGGGCUUUGGGCCCGACGGGCCGACCGGGGCCAGGUUUUACCCGGCCGGCCCUUUGAAUCUCCUUUGGAAUGAGAAUGGUAGAGGGUCGAGCAAUGGCCGGACUGAACUGUGUCAACCCGAAAACGGCAAAAUCCUUUGCCGCCGCCUUCCGUAGCUACAGAAGCUACACUUGAUCUUAGCCAAAAGGCCGAGAGAAGAGAGCGGAAUGAACAGCACGGCUAAGAGUUUCAGUCUUUGAGAAAUGGGCACACUUUCCCCUAAAUGUUUUGGGGUUCAUCUUCAUCAUAGAGGCAAAGCGACGCUCACCGACCGUCCCUUUUCCACUGCAAAGCACUAUCGAGUCUCUCUUUCUUCCGUUUAUUCCCUCCCGCCGUUCGAAUUCUAUCGUUUUAUCUCAUUGAGGCGAUUUCUCCCGCUGUCACCCACAUCAAUAAGAAGGCCUACUAUCCUCUACUCGUCUGCUGGAUCCACAUCAACCACCACUGCCAAAAGAGUUUCUGAAAGGAACCCAUUCUUCAGUGAGGGAAGAGAUGAAGACGAGAAGCGACCUGUGUGCCCAGGAUGUGGGGUCAUCAUGCAAGACAGAGACCCAAAUUUACCCGGCUUCUACAUGAAGAGGGAUAAUGCUGUUGAGGAGAGUGAAGAAGCUGAAGAAAUUUCCGAUAAUUUGGGCGAGGUAUUCGAAAACUAUGAAGAGGAAGAUGAAGACGGUAUGGAUGACGAUGAUGAUGAUGAUGUUGAUGAAGAUGACCGUGAUGUGAGCGAAGGUCUGUUCGACCCGAAAGAUGAGAUAGACUGGAAUUCUGACUGGGAAAUUGAAGACGAGGAAGAGGAGUGGAGCAAGAGCCUGGAUGGUUUUGCGCCGGCCGGAGUUGGGUACGGUAACGUAACCGAGGAUAUUUUGGAGAAGAAGGCUGUAAAGAUUACUAAGAGUGAGAAAAAGAAGCAGGAGAGAGAGGCCAAGAGAAAGGAGGAGGCGGAUAGGGUACUGGUAUGUGCUCGUUGCCAUUCGCUCAGGCACUAUGGCCAGGUGAAGAACCAGAAGCUAGAGAAUUUGAUCCCAGAUUUCGACUUCGAUAGGUUGAUUGCAAAUCGGCUGAUGAAAGCCAGCAAUUCGAGCGCUCCAGUGAUUGUAAUGGUGGUCGAUUGCGUCGACUUUGAUGGUUCAUUUCCGAGUCGAGCAGCAAAGUCCUUGUUUGAUUCAAUGGAGAAGAAGGGCACCAGUGCAUCCAAAUUCAGCCGAUUGCCCAAAUUGGUCUUGGUGGGGACAAAGGUUGAUCUUCUUCCUUCCCAGGUUUCACCGACGAGGUUGGUUAAAUGGGUUCGCAAUCGAGCCAGAGCUAAUGGGGCCCCAAAACUUAGUGGUGUUCAUCUCGUUAGUUCGAAAAAAGAUUUGGGCAUCAGAAACCUGUUGUCGUUCGUGAAGGAAUUGGCCGGUCCUCGAGGAAAUGUGUGGGUAAUAGGAGCUCAGAAUGCUGGGAAAUCUACUUUGAUCAAUGCUUUCGCAAAGCGGGAAGGUGUAAAGAUAACAAGACUAACAGAAGCUGCAGUUCCUGGAACCACGCUUGGAAUACUGAGAAUCAAAGGGAUCUUGCCUGCUAACGCGAAAUUGUACGAUACUCCAGGCCUGCUACAUCCAUAUCUAGUAAGCACCAGGUUGAAUUUGGAAGAGCUGAAGAUGGUGGAGAUGAGGAAGGAGUUGCAGCCACGGACAUAUAGGAUAAAGGCAGGACAGGCAGUGCAUGUUGGAGCAUUAGCAAGGUUGGACUUGAUCCACUCUUCAGUGCAGACUAUCUAUGUUACAGUCUGGGCCUCACCAAACCUUUCCCUUCAUUUAGGAAAGUUAGAAAAUGCUGACGAGAUAUUUAGAAAGCAUGCCGGUGUUCGUCUCCAGACAGAAGGCUCUUCCUCGUCAUGUUCUAUUUGCCUACUUAUGUCAUUGGGUUUAUGCUAUGCAGCCCCAAGUGGAACAGAUAGGGUACCAAACCUUGGUGACUGGCAGCAAAGGGAGAUUCACGUGUCCGGGGUUAGCUGGGAAGUGAACAGCACUGACAUAGCAAUUGCAGGGCUUGGAUGGUAUUCACUUGGGCUGAAAGGGGGUGCGACCAUAGCACUAUGGACUUACAACGGCGUGGAGGUUACCAUCCGAGAACCCUUGGUUCUUGAUAGAUCUCCGUUUCUUGAACGGCCAGGAUUUUUGUUGCCCAAGGCAGUGUCAGAUGCCAUUGGAAAAGAAACCAGUAUUGGGGGAAAGAACAAAAGGCUUAAUGAAGAUGGAGGAACGCAACCUCUUGUAGAGGCAAAUAGUACUUGAGAGAAUUACUCCCAGGUUGUCAUUUUAUCUUUGUUCAUGUGUUAUCAUUGUACCAAUGUCAUUCUGGAUCUUAAAGAAAAACGAAAAAAGGCCAAUGCAAAUCAUUGCCACCUUAUCUCAUUUA